GGCAGAGAGCGAGAUUUGGACAGGGAAUAAGGAAGGGAGGGGGGAUUUAAAGGGAAAGAAACGGAGGGAGAUUUAGAUAGAGCCUGAAGAGUGAGCGCGAGGGAAGAGAGCCAGCGCAGGGAAGGAGCAGAGGCGGUGGAUGGGAGAAGAGAAGAGAAGAGAAGAGGAGAGGCAUUGACUGGAAGCGUACACAUGGAAGAGAAGAAGACGGCUAUUUCAUGUGCUCGCCGUGCAUGACUGAAGAGUGUGGCUGUCUUGCUGGAUUGUUAGUCAUCUGCUACCCCACAGCUAGAGGACGUACAAGGAAACACAGGCAGAGCUGGGAAUAUAGGGCUGUGUGCAGAGGAUGAACAGGCGAUGUGGGCUCUCUGGCUGUGAUCGCUGUCCUCAGUCCCCCAUAGCCACUUGCACUGGUGCUGUUGCAGGCCGUGAGCCUUGUAGUUAGGCAGCAGCAGUCACAGCAGUUGAUACAGAAUGAGCUCCAAGCACUCCUCCGACUGGAUUCCCUACAGCACUUUAGAUGAUGAGGGUACCAACCUUCGACAGCAGAAACUGGACAGACAGCGGGCGCUCCUUGAACAGAAGCAGAAGAAGAAGAGACAAGAGCCUCUGAUGGUCCAGUCUACCGUGGACGGGAGGUCUCGGGCUCGUCGGACCAAACAGAGCGAGGAACAGGCCCCGCUGGUGGAAUCCUACCUCAGCAGCAACAGCAGCACCAUCUACCACGUGCAAGAAGCUGAACAGGAGGAGGUGAAGGUGAUAUCGGACACACAGCCGCCUCGCUCAGCCAAAAAGGGAAAAGCGUCGGCCAGCUCAACUCCGCAGACAGGCAGCGACAAGAAAGAGAGGAAGGGGAAACACAAAGCGAUCGAUGGCCUGGCCUCCCAGCAGGACGACAGUCAGAUCCAGAUCCUGACGGUGGGUCACAACAGCACAGACGAGUCCGAGGCAGAGCCUGUCAUGAGCUGCACGCAGUCACAGAGUAAACAGGAUCUGCGCGUCACCAUGCUCAAGAAAGGCAUAUCCAGCAGCAUGAAUUUCGAUGAAGAAGAGGAUGAUGAUGAUGAAAUUAGCUCCAGUUCCUCACAGCUCAACAGCAACACGAGACCAGGCUCUGCCACCAGCAAGAAGUCAUGCAAGGAGGUGGCCUCAGCACCCACUCCACCAGUCAAUGAACCCUCCAUCGACGUGGAUGACCUUGAGGAGUUUUCUCUGCGACCCGCACCGCAGGGGGUCAGAGUGAAGUGUAGAAUCACCAGAGACAAGAAGGGCAUGGACAGAGGCAUGUAUCCCACCUACUACCUUCACCUGGAGAGGGAGGACGGCAAGAAGGUGUUCCUUUUAGCUGGGAGGAAGAGGAAAAAGAGUAAAACAUCAAAUUACCUCAUCUCCAUUGAUCCCACUGAUCUGUCUCGAGGUGGAGAGAGUUUCAUUGGUAAACUGAGAUCUAACCUCAUGGGAACUAAGUUCACUGUAUACGACAGCGGUCUGAACCCUAUGAAGAGCACCACCAGCCUGGAAGCUAGCAGUCUGCGUCAAGAGCUAGCAGCCAUUUGCUAUGAAACCAAUGUCUUAGGAUUCAAAGGACCUCGCAAAAUGAGCGUCAUCAUUCCUGGAAUGAACAUGGACCACGAGAGAGUGUCUAUUCGCCCAAGAAAUGACCAUGAGUCACUGCUGGCCAGGUGGCAGAACAAGAACACAGAGAGCGUGAUUGAACUUCACAACAAGACGCCUGUGUGGAACGAUGACACACAGUCCUAUGUGCUCAACUUCCACGGCAGAGUCACUCAGGCUUCGGUCAAGAAUUUCCAAAUUAUCCACGACAAUGACCCCGACUACAUUGUGAUGCAGUUUGGCCGUGUGGCGGAAGAUGUCUUCACCAUGGACUAUAACUACCCAAUGUGUGCCCUGCAAGCCUUUGCUAUCGCCCUCUCAAGCUUUGACAGCAAGUUAGCCUGUGAAUAGAGCCCGGCCUGGAGUUCAGUGGAGAACUGGUCCACCUGUCCUCUCAAAAAGGGCUGUUAUCGUAUCCCUGGGCCUGGUUGGAGAUCUCCAAAUCACCCAGCACCUUGGAAGUCCUGCAUAUCCCAAAAUGCUUCAUGGGCCUCAAGUUUUACGUGUAUGUGUGUGUUUGGGGGAGGGUGGGUGGAAGGGACCUCAGGAUGGUCUUGGUCAGUGGAAGAAAACAAGCACAAAGAGUAGUCGAAAAUCAGAUUCAUUUGUUUUGAUAACUAUAGUCAUUUUGUACGGUAAUGACAUUAUAAAAACCAACACUGUUCCUUUAUGUAGUAGUUAGAGAAAUUUAACAUUUCUUUAUCUGUAAAUUAUAACUAACAGUUACACAUCAGUAAGUUUUAAAAGUUGACUGGAUUUUAUGUAAUCUACCACAUAAAAAAACACAAUGUCACACUCUUCCUCAAGCAUGAAUACAGUUUAUAUAGUCACUAAUUUAAAAAUAACAUGCACGCCACAGUAUAUUUAUUUUGUUAUUUACAUAUUUAUUAGAUGUUAAUUUUGUUUUCUCCUAUUGUUUGCAACAACUUCAGCAGUAUUGGCUCUAUGGAGCUUGCAAGCACAUAAAACGAUCCUCACUAGAAUAUCACUUUGAUCCACACUAAACAAUUGGAGAGUUAGACACGAAAAGGGCAGAGGCAUGUUACACAGUGGCGUGUACCAUAAAUGAUAUUGUGUCACGGUGUCAUAUAUGUGAAUGUAUAGGAUGAUGGUGCACUUUACUUUGAAGUCUGUGGUGGAUGAGAUAUAGCUGUACAUACUUUAUUGUGCCUUUGAAGACUAAUUCCAGUGUUAAACGUUGGCCGUGAAAUGAGCUGAGCUUCGAUUGGUCUUUGCAUUUCUUGCGGUCCUCACGUGCAUCAGAGAAAUCUCCCUGUAGCGACAAUUAAUUCACUUCUCUGAUGCUGAGUUCAUUUAGACUGACUAAAUACCAGGGCUUGUAAAACCUCUGGAAGAUAAUAUUCCAAAGUAUGCAUCAUAGGACAGCAUUUCCGUCCUAGUUUGUUUAAAUUACGUUUAAAGCCUCCAACGCAUUACAUGAAAGAGAUGAGUAUUUAUUGACAUUGUACUGUAAAUCGGGCAGCAGAUACAGCAGAUAUCCAAGGCACUCAGGCUUAAGGUUGUGCUCAUAUCUGAUGUCUGCUUUGGAAAAAAGUACCGAUCACGGAUUGAUUUACUGCCAACAAACACACAGUUACAGUGUGGAACCACCACAGCUUAAACACAUUUUCCUUGUCUUGCUUUACAUCCUUGAUUAAUUUUAUGCUCCACUGAGGUGGAGUUUGAUACAUUCCUCUUCUGACUGGCAGUAGGUUUCUAUAUCACGUGGUUUAUUGCUUUUCACAUUUUACUCAAAAUAUUACUCCUCUUGCUCCUUAUGGGGCAGUAUUCUUUCUCAAAUAUAUGAUAGUAUUUUGUAUUUUAUGACCAUUAAAAAAAAUGCUGAAUGACGGCAAAGAACAAUCUCUGAUACCGCUAUUGUUACUGUGGGUUAUGAGGAAAUCUUUAUCAAAUGUGCUAUUCUUGUACUCAAUUGUGUUCUAACUAUUUUAAAUUUCUAUUUUAAAAUUGUUGAUACUCUUGCUGUAAAGUCUGCUUUUCAUACAUGUGUCCGGGAACCGAUGGUUCUUUCACUUUUUUGUUUUUAGUGCUCUCGUUGUAAUGUACAGUAAAUGGUGUACAAUUUACUGUGGUGGUAUAAACACAGUCCUUUGUUCAUGAAAAAAUAAAAUAAAAUUACAGUAAAUCAAAA